AUGCAAAAAAUUUAUUUUUUUCUUGGGCUUCUUUACCUUACCAAAUGUCAACUUCUGGUUUAUAUCUUAUUCAAUUAUUCAACUGAUGGCAAUUUGGUAUCGACCUUAAUAGCUGCCUUGAAUAAAAAUUUCUCAGACCAAGAAGUUACUCUAACUUACUUAUUUAUUUACGAGCAAAGCGAUAACUCCCCCCUCAUAAGCGAAGAAAAAAAUUUUGUUCGUCUCUAAGGAGGAUUAUUUUAUAUAUGAAGUUUAUAGAAAAUUUUGUUUUUCAAAAUAUAAAAAUUCAAAUUGGAGGCUAAUACUAAUUUAAUUUGUAAAUUUAUGUUUUAAAAGAGAUUUUAUUAUCCUAAUGAUCAAUUUAUAUUAAAAUUUUUUUUUACUUUUAAAAUAUUACGGAGGGUUUUUGGUCAAAAAAAUAGGGACUUUUCUAAUGGUUUUGUUUGCUCAUGGAGGGGGAGUAAAUUUAUUUUCGGUAAUUAAUUAAUCUAAAACUUUUUGCUAUUUUUUGGUAAAUGAAAACCAUGAUAAAAUUAAGUUUCAUUUAAAAUAGCUAAAGAAUAGAUUAAUUCAUAUUUAAUUCCUUAACAAGCUGAAUGAGUAAUGAUAAAACAAAUAUCAACAGAUUUGUCAGAUUAUGAAUCCACGCCUGAUAUUAUUAUAAAUCUUGCAGGGGAAAGUCUAAUAUGAGCCAAUUCUGCUGAAAGUGGACCGAUCGUCCUAUCAGCACAAGAGCCAUUAAAAAAAAUCAAAAAUAUCGUGCCUUGGCAUUAUUCCAUGAAGGAGCAUGCCAAAGCAUUUGAAAUCUUGGCUUCUUAUUUAGACUGGCAAAAAUUCAUUAUAAUUUCUGAUGAAGAUCAUACCCAACUCAUUGAUGAAAUUUCAUCUAUUUCUUAUAACAGGACAUUUAAAGUCUUUUAUUUUCCAAAAAAUGGGACUCAAGAACUAUCCAAUUUAUUUAUCGGGAAAUACCUAAAAUCCACAGGAAUCCAAAAUUUCGUUAUAAUAAAUCAAGAUGAGAGCGCAGAAAAGCUUAUUAAAAGUUUAAAACAGAAAAAUCUUUUAAAAGGUGUUGUUUUAUUAAACCAGAAUUUAAGAAAUAUUUGAAAAAAUGGAUUAUUUUCAUAUAUAGAAUCUGGAUUAGAAAAUGCAGACAAUGAAUAUGAGAAAGAAGCCUUUGCAAUUGUUAAAAUUUUGAGUAAAAUAUUAAGCUACAACGAUAAAUCCGGAGAUUUAAAUUAUCUUUCGACAGCCUCAUUUGGUUCCAUAUCAAAAUGAUCAUGCAUAUUUGAUAAUACGAUGUUUUCUAGGGAAGGUCUUGUGAGAUAUUUAGCCAAAACAUUUCGAUCAAAUUGCACACUAUUAACAGAUUUUCGAUUAUGUUUUCUUCUAUGAAAUGUUCAUUGUGAUCAUUGCCCUCAUUUUCCAAUUUCACAUUAAUUAACAUACAAAAAGAUAAACAAACCAAUGUGGGCAGCAUAAUUGAUGGAAAAAUAAAUAUAACUCACAGUAUUAUUUGGCCUGAUGAGUCAGCUUUAAUCCCUAACAAUCCUUCAACAGAAAUAAAAAUCUCUAUGGCAGAUGGAAUAACAAACCCUGGAUUUCCAAACAGUCCAUUAACAGGCAAGUAUAUCAAAAAUGGCGCUUUAUAUGCCUUGAUGUAUAUAAAAACCACACAUUUUUUGGACGGAUUCGACAUCUCAGUCACUCAUACAGACUGUGGGGCAAAUAUCUACAAUGCAUCUUUUAGCUUAAACUGCUUUAAAAAUAUAAAAGAUAGGCUAGGUGUAGGAUUUCUCACCAAUAUUUUUGCCACAGUCGCUGUUGGGAAUAUCCUUUCUUUUCGAGCUUUAAAUAUAACGAUUCCUCACAUUUCUGAUUUAGUGAUUGCAGGAACACUUACAAGUAAAGCCAAUUUUCCUGAAUUUAUUAGAAUUUCAAAGGACAGCCGAUAUAUAGCAACUAUAAUAGUAAAUUUUUGUAUGAUUUCUGACUGAAAAAAUAUAAUUGUUGUAUAUGAAAACAGCACAGGUCCUGUAUUCGCUUAUAAUCAGAUCUUAGCAAAAACUACAGAAGCACAUAUAAAUAUUGUCAAUAGUCCUAAUGAGAGAACAAUAAAGCCUAAUUAUUUGCGGUCUGAUUAUCCGACCUACAAGCAAUGGAUGGAGAACUAUAUAAAAAGUAAUGUAAGAAUUUAUAUUAUUUUGAUGGCAAAUGAGUUUUAUUUUAUAGAAAAUAUGUAUGAUGCUGGAUUAAGAAGAGGUAAGGGAAUCUUUAUUUUAUAUGAAAAAGUUGCAUACUCUUAUCCAUUAGAAUCUGAUGAAGCUGACUCUCCUAUUAAAUAAUUUGGUUAUUAUUAAUUUGAAUCAAUAAAAAUUAAUUAUAAUUUUUUUUUUUCUUGAUUUGAGUGAGAGAGAAAAAAACUAAAAGAACUAUUAUAUGGAUCUAUAAUUAUAACUCAAGCUGAUUGAGUUGGAGACUAUGGAGAGCAAAUAAAGCAAGGCUAUUUAAAAGUAUAUUCAAGCCCCGCAGACUACCGAUGCUUUUCGUUCGAUUCCGCUAUGCUUCUCUUGCAUGGAAUUAGAUUUACUAUUGAUCAAGGUGGAAAUGUUGAAAAUUCGACAGUUCUUAAUUAUAAUUUACGACAUCAAAGAUUUUUAGGCUGCUCAGGGACUGUUUCAAUAGAAUCUGACACAAAUGAUAGAAGCACAAGUAUAGUUGGAGUCUAUAAUAUUCGUUGAAAUUCAAGCUCAAGUAUUUUCUAUGAGUCUUGAGUUGGUAGAUAUGACCUAGAAAAGUCUCAAUUAUUUACACUAUGAGACCCUAUUAUUUACUACGAUAACUCUACGAUUGCUCCUGGGGAUACCGUGGAUUAUCCUGAGUGUCCUUUUGAUUUAGAUAAAGUCCAAUACUCCGAUAUAGGAGCUGGAGUUCUCUAUGCCAUAUCUUUCGGUGUUUUGAUAAUUUCAGUAAUAGUGACUUUUUAUAUAUGAAAGUUAUAUUGGAAUAUAAAAAUCCCAGACAUGACCCAAAGAAGCCUGAUUUUUUUUGAAGACUAUAUAAGUAUGGGAAUAAUUGUUAUUGAUUUUUUGCAGUUUAUUGGUAUGGGCCCUGACAUUAAAGGGUAUGAUGACGUUUCAAGCGUACUCGCUGACUAUGCGACGAUUAAUUAUUCAUGAAUAACUAGGGGGACAAGGUUUUGAAUUUGUGUAAAGGUGAUAUUGAUUGUGCUUUUUGUGUGGAUUUUCCUGAGUGUUCAUGCUUUGAUUAAUUUUCAGAGGUUUGAUAAAUUUUUCUGUGAUUAUUGCAAAAAUUUCUCUAAUUUAGUACUGCCAAUUAUCGGUAAUACAUGCUUUUUACCUAUAAUUUCUAUUCUUUUAGGAGUAGUUCAAUGUGUUCAAGGGAUAGGGCAAGAUCUAAACGAAUCUUUUGUAAGGAAUGACUGUUCAGUUUUUUGCUGAAAAGGCCUGCAUAUACUAUGAGCAUCUCUUUCAAUAGCUGCGCUAUUAAUAUAUAUCCCAAUGGCUGUUUAUUUUCGACCUUAUUGGGACAGCCAAAGUAGCACUAUAAAUGUCCGAGCAAGACCUUGAUAUAUGAUGCUUAAAAGCCUUUGACAAAUUGGCAUAAUAGUUCUAAACAAAACCCUAAAGCCAGAAAAUUCAGCUUUAUUCGGGCUUAUUUAUAUCAUUUUUUUCUCAAGUUUUACUAUAUUUUGUAUAAAAAGAAAACCAUAUAAUUAUCAUAGAUUCAAUCUUUGACUCUCUGUGUCCCAUUUUGCUGUUUUAUGAAGCUUGAUAGUAUCCUCAGUUUUUCUGGUAUCUGGGAAUCAUUUUACACUGUUUUGAAUCUUUCUUGAGUACCUUGGCUGAACUGUAAUCAUAAUUCUUGGAGUUUUAGUUCAAAAUAAAUUUUAUCCCAGUUUAUUGUAUAGGGAAAAGACUCUUGAUAUCAGCUUAUUUUUUAGGUUUUCACUGGGUCAUAAUGCGAUGGAAAAAUCGCUUUUUCUUGAAAUGACGAGAAAGAGAAACCUAAAAUCUCAAAAAAUUGAUAAAUUAGAUAUUGAUGUAAAAAAUAAAGAACAGAAAUAA